CUCUCUCUCUCUCUCUCUCUCUCUCUCUCUCUCUCUAUAUAUAUAUAUAUAUAUAUAUAUAAAGAUGCACAUAACAUAGUUAAUAUUUGAAGUAUAAAAUAGAGAUUUCGAUAUCUCUUGCCAUGGAGCUUUUUUCCAUGGCAAUAUUGGGUCUAAUAGUAUUUGUAUGUUAUUCUUUCACCUACCUGAUCUGGAGCCUGGUUCUUCAGUACUGGAAAGACCAACCCUGCUACAUGUUAGCAUAUGAAUGCUUUAAAGCUUCGGAAGAUAGGAAAUUGAACACCGACGCCAGCGCGAAAAUCAUCUUUAGGAAUAAGAAUCUGGGGCUCGAAGAGUACAGAUUCCUCUUGAAAACGAUUGUCAGUUCAGGCAUCGGCGAAGAGACAUACUGUCCGAAGAUCGUCAUGGAAGGACGAGAGAAUUGUCCAACGCACGAUGAUGCAUUAUACGAGAUGGACGAGAUCAUCUUCCAAACACUGGACAAUCUCUUUUCGAAGACGAAAAUUUCCCCGUCGCAGAUCGAUAUGCUCGUCGUCAAUGUCUCCUUGUUCUCUCCCGCACCUUCUCUGACAUCUCGGAUCAUCAACCGAUACAAGAUGAAAGACAACAUCAAGUCCUUCAACCUCUCUGGGAUGGGUUGCAGUGCGAGUCUCAUUGCCAUUGAUCUUGUCCACCAAUUGUUCAAAGCUUACAAAAACACCAACUCGUACGCCAUUGUUGUGAGCACGGAAUCAAUGGGUCCGAAUUGGUACUGUGGGAAAGAAAAGGCAAUGAUCCUCUCCAACUGUUUGUUCCGGAUUGGUGGAUGCUCCAUGUUGUUCACCAACAACGAAAGUCUAAAACACCAAGCGAUUUUGAAACUGAAAUGCUUAGCUCGAACCCAUUUCGGCUCGAAUGAUGAAGCUUACCAAUGUUGCAUACAAGUAGAAGAUGAUGAUGGUUACAGAGGUUUUCGACUCACAAAAAGCCUCACCAAAGCAGCAGCUAAAGCUUUUACACUAAACCUCCAUGUUUUAGUACCCAAAAUGUUUCCAUUGAAAGAAUUACUUCACUACUACCCCUUGCUGAGGAAAAGCAGUAAAACUAAGAGCUCGGCAUUAGUUGAGACAAUGGGAAUUGGGCUGAAUUUCAAAUCCGCCGUCGAACACUUUUGUAUCCAUCCCGGUGGUAGGGCCGUCAUCGAUGGUGUUGGUAAGAGCUUGGAGCUUAGUGAUUAUGAUCUUGAACCAUCACGAAUGGCACUUCACAGGUUUGGUAAUACAUCGGCUGGUGGAUUUUGGUAUGUUUUGGGAUACAUGGAGGCUAAAAAGAGGCUUAGGAAAGGAGAUAGGAUUUUGAUGAUUAGCUUCGGAGCAGGUUUCAAAUGCAACAACUGCGUGUGGGAAGUGAUGCAGGAUUUGGAUGAUGCUAAUGUGUGGAAGGAUUGCAUAGAUAGUUACCCUCCAACUUCUUUAGUGAAUCCUUUCAUGGAGAAGUAUAGUUGGCUCAACGAUGAAUAUCUAAGUUUCGUUCGGAUGGAGUAGUGGCACUGGGCUAGAAGCUGAUCAUUAUCAUUAAGAAGUUUUUAAUUAAGUUUCUUUUAAUUAUCAUUAAUGUUCUGGAAUAUUUCAUCAAAAUUUGUUGAGCGAAGUUUUGAGAUAUAAAGAUUGUUUCACAUAUAUAUAUAUAUAUAUAUAUAUAUAUAUA